UGUGGAAAUUUACGCAACGUUGUUAUUUUCACUUCAGCAUUUUCACCUUGCAAUAUUUUAAUGCAAAAGUCGUGAUUACGCGUAUAUUCCGCAAAUAAUUCAAUUUAGAAUCAAAGAGUCGCUAAGGAGAUCAGAAGUCGUUGUGUUUUGUUAAAUAUUCAUAUCUAGCAUUUACUUUUUUUUUCCUCUUUAGUAUAAUAAGGUCUAGAUCAUUAUGGCAGCCUCCUGAUUUUCAUAAGAAUUUCCGCGAACAUUUUAACAGAAUUAAUAAUCAAAUUUUGUGUGUCGUUGCUAGGAUAUUUCUUUUUAUCAAAGUGCAUUUUCAGCAAUUUUUAGAUAAUUUCAUAUACUAAUAUUUCUUUUUCCCACGAGCUAAUGUCUCUUCAUGUAAUUUACACAAUUAAAUAUCGUUUAACUUCGUUCAAUUAAAAACAACUAAUUGAUAAUUCAAAAACAUUUGUUUAAAAAUGACCGAAAUUCAGAAUAUACAAAAUGUAUCAGACUGUGUGCCGCUUUAUCUGCCACAUAGUUUAUAUCUCAAGCCGCUGGCCAAGAUGACGAUAUCAGUGUCACUACCCGUUAAUAAAACGGGCAAAUCCAUUUCUCAUUUGGAUUUAAUGGAGAAAUUAAGCGCCGCGUUGAAGCCAGACAAAUUCUUCGUUUUGAAAACAUCAAAAAGCACAUUGGAGUUUAUACGUUUCGAAGCUGAAUUAGAAGAUCGCACACGGUUGCGCAGUGCCAUUUCUCGUCUAGAUGGAGUGUCACUGCGUUUAUCUGGCUUUAGUGAAUCGUUUCGGGUGCGCGCAACGGAACCAAAAGAUGACUUUCCUACGCGACACGAUUGGGACUCAUUCUUUCGUGAUGCCAGCAAUAUGGAUGAGAUGAAGGCGGGCGAACGCCCAGACACCAUACAUCUAACACAUUUGCCAAUACGAUGGUUCUGCCCCAGACAUAUGGAAAACGACGAUAACGUGAAGCCGAGCGAAAGCAUCUUCAAACGCAUUUUCGAGAAGUUCGGCAGCGUACGUUGUGUUGAUAUACCAAUAUGCGAUCCUUACCGCAAUAAAAUGAACACCGACAUCAAUGGCAUGAAGACAUUCAGCUACGAGCAUGGCGUGCUCUUCGAAGCUUAUGUACAAUUUGACGAAUACAUGGGGUUUGUACGCGCCAUGGAUGAGUUUCGCGGCAUGAAAUUGGUGCGGAAAUUUGUAGACAAAACACAAACCAUCAAUAUUAGCGUUGUUUUUGACAAAACAAAACAUCUCAGCGAUGCACAGAUUCAGCGUCGGGAACGGGUGCGUAAGCGUCUAAUACAGAAGGCACAAAGCGAAGAAGAGGAGCUGGAAAAGAAAAAGAAGGAGGAGAUUGAAAGACAAGAGCAUGAAAGGCAAAAAGAAGAGCAAUUAAAAUUAGCUGAAUUAGAGAAGCAACGCGAACGAGAAGAGAAACGCAAGGAGAAACACCUGAAGAAAAUACAAGAGAGGGGCCAAAUUGAAAUCUCACAGAAGAUACGCAUCGAGGAACGGAAGUUAAUGAUAGCGCAAAGAAAACUGGAGAGUAUACGCAUAUUGGAGCAGCUAUUCAACCGCAUCAAACUGAAACAUGAGGGCAAGUACUCUAAACAUGGUAAUAAUCAAGCGCCCAAAACUGAUAUGCGUGGUCGGCUGGUCGAAAAGUAUAAGUUGGCCACCGAAAAACUGCUCACCGAGCAGAAAAAGAAAGUGGAAGAAAUAAAAACUAAAACUCCAUUAAUGGGACUUUUGAAAAGCGGUAGAUCUCGCCGAUCUGAAAGCUCCGAUGUUGAUGAGGAGAAGGCAAAACAGAAAACCACUGUAGCUCCCACCGAAGCCAGCAAUGUGCCUGCAAUACCUGCUGUCGGUCUGAAUCCGUUAAAUCCCUUCAAAGCUGUGGCAGCACUAGCCGCUGCUGGUGGCGCUACCCCAGGAACUUUGCCACCGGGCUAUCCACCUGAAGCGGCCAGCGAAUGGAUGAAAUCGUUUUCUAUGUUUCCCUAUGUACCACCCGUGUUUGGGGGCAUGUCUGCGCUUUACCGAGCGCCCACUCCCUUUCCAGUUUCCGUGAACUAUCGUGGCUAUGCACCGCGUAUACGAGGAAGGGGACGUGGUGGUCGGGGACGCGGCAGAGGCUCUUACGAUACUUCAUACUACAACAGCUACAAAAAUAGUUAUGAAGACGAACAGUACGACGACGGCGAUUAUCGUAAAGAAUCAUAUUCACGCUCCAGAAAUCGUUCACGGAGCCGCUCCUACUCUCGGUCCCACUCACGCUCACGUUCACGUAAACGGCACUACUCUAAACGCAGUCGCUCACGUUCUCGUUCGCGAAGUCGUUCUCGUAGUCGUACGCCUUCUCAUUCACGUUCCAGACAGCGUCGUACGCGUAGUCGAUCACGCUCGGAGCGCCGUGCACGUUCGCGUUCUUACACGCGCUCCCGAUCUAAUUCUAAAUCGAAAACAAGACGUACUUCGCGCAGUCGUGAGGAUUCCAAGUCGCGUAGGUCACGUACAAAGAGUCCGACGCAACCACGCGCCAAUAAGAAACUUGUAUCUACACGUCGUUCAUACUCCACAUCCGAUUCAUCUCGCUCGAGAUCCAAAUCGCGAUCGCGCACACGCUCGAAACGCUCCUGGUCACGACGUGGAGAACGAUUCCCGAUGAAACGACACAUUGUGCUGGAAACUGAUAAACUAGUCCGUUCAGCUGAAGAAAUGAAGCGCACAAUCGAAAAGGUCACCCAGGAUCGCAUGCGGCAAGAAGAGCGCGUAAUAAAGGAAAACUUCCGCCACUGCAAACACAAUCCAACGAAUGCUGCCAGCACAGAUGUGGCGAAUGCGAUUGUGACUAGUUCUGAAAACGAUAUGAAGGAUACGAAUUCUAUUCCAAAAAACGGCUGUACUGGAACUGCAGUCAGCUCGCCCGCAGCUAGUAAAGCAGACGAGCAGGCAGAGCGCAGUCAGAGCAGGGAACGCGUGCGCACACAUUCAUACCACUCGUCUCAUUCAAGGCGCAAUUCAUACGAACGCGAAGCUGAUGCGUAUUAAAUGCGUCGAAGUUAUUUAUUGAGAUAUAAUUAGUUAUAAUUGUAAUUGUUAAAAAAAAGUCCCACACAUAAUAACAUUAACUAAAAUUUAAAGAAAGAUACAGCUAUGUA